CUUUUAGACCGCCUAGCGUUGGAUUUUGAGACUAUCCUUUAUCCGUCACUGUUGGACACCCGGGCCGAGCUUGAUGCCCACUGGGAGUGACGCCAUGAAUUAUUUAUGGGCCACCAUAUUCUUGCGCGUUGUAUAUAAUCCUUGUUCAUCCCAGUCCCUACAGUCUGGACUCUGCGUAUACAUACUUCCCGGAAGAGAUCUUUUGAUCGGAUUUGUAUUUCGAUAUUAUUGUUUCCAUAGUCUGUUCCGAUAUACCUGAUCGAUGAUCCAUUAGCAUUAGUUCCUCGUUCAUUCUGCCUAUAUUUGUCCAACACUCGAUAUAUCAUAACCAGUGUGUGACCUUAUCAUCAUUGUAAUGAGUGCACCUUUGGAACUUGAAGAUCUUGUCAAGGAGUGGAUUCGCCUUGAUCCAAAUGAAUCCACAAGAAAGGAUGUGGAACAGCUGUGGAAUAAUAAAGACAUCGGCGAGUUGGAGAGACGUUUGAGGACACGCAUAGAAUUCGGCACCGCAGGUCUGAGGGGAAAGAUGGAGGCUGGAUGGUCUCGCAUGAAUGACCUAAUUGUGAUUCAAGCAUCUCAAGGCUUGUGCGCGUAUGUCCUUGAACAUGUCAAGAAUGCCGCUACCCGUGGAGUAGUUGUAGGACAUGACCACCGAUAUAACUCGGAGAGAUGGGCCCAGCUUACUGCAGCUGCUUUCAUUGCCAACAAUGUCAAGGUUUACCUGCACAAAGGGCUUGUACACACUCCGCUGUAUAUCAAGGCUGCCCUCAGGGUUCCAUUUUCCGUAAAGGCGCUCAAUGCUGCCUGUGGAGUCAUGAUCACAGCAAGCCACAACCCGAAGCAAGACAAUGGCUACAAGGUUUAUUGGGAAAAUGCGGUUCAAAUCAUAGGGCCACAUGAUGUCGGAAUUGCAAAGUCCAUUCUACGAAAUUUGGAGCCCAGAGUACAUGAUGCUUCACAAGUAAUUGAAUCGGACCUGUGCAUCGAUUGUACGCAGGAGAUGAAAAGAGGGUACUUCAAUUCUCUCAGCGAUCUGCGCGCACAGACGUUAUCAUUUAACGGGGGUUCAGUGGCGUUCGUAAACACAUCUAUGCAUGGCGUUGGGGAUCCAUUUACAUCUAAAGCCUUUGAGAUUGCCGGAUUUUCGCCUUAUACUCCUGUAAAAGAGCAGCAGCAGCCAGACCCUGAAUUUCCAACGGUGAAGUUCCCAAACCCUGAAGAAAAGGGCGCACUCGAUCUAGCUAUAGCCACAGCGAACGCUAAAGGGGCAUCCUACGUCCUUGCACAGGACCCGGACGCGGAUCGAUUCUCUGCGGCUGAAAAUUGCGAUGGAAAGUGGCUAACAUUCACUGGUGAUCAACUCGGCACGUUGUUUGCCUAUCGUGUGUUCGAGACCUACAAGGCUUCCGGUAAGCCCAUAGGCAAGUUGGCCAUGGUUGCUUCGACAGUCAGCUCCAAGAUGAUUGAAGCUAUGGCGCAAAUUGAAGGGUUUCGCUUUGUUGAUUGUCUCACAGGCUUCAAGUUCAUUGGGAACACUGCUUUAGACCUUGUCAAGGCGGGAUAUGAAGUACAAUUUGGAUAUGAGGAAGCCAUAGGGUACAUGUUUGGUUCUGAAAUCAGAGAUAAAGAUGGGGUGGCCGCAACCAUGAUAUUUGCACAACUUGCUGCAAGCUUGCGUGCGCGAGGCACCACAGUAAAUGCACAUUUGCAAGAACUAUAUCGAAGAUAUGGAUAUUUCGAGACGAGCAACAGCUAUUUCGUCUGCACUGACCCUCUUGUCAUCGAGAAUAUUUUUCAGAAGAUUCGUUCUUCUGGUGAAAUGGGCUCAUCUCAAGGACGCUCCUAUCCAUCCUCAAUUGGCGGGUUGCGGAUACAGAGCGUUGUCGAUCUAACGGAAGGGCAUGGCUACGAUAGCACGAACGCACCCAUCUAUCAACCCAAAUUACCGCUAUCCUUGGGGCAUAUGAUCCAAUUCAGAGCAUCAUCCGAUUCAGACGACUCUCGGAUUGUCCUGACAAUUAGGACAAGUGGGACAGAACCAAAGAUCAAGUACUACCUCGAAGGUAGUGGGAGCAACCGCCAAGCUGUGCACAGCUUACUUGGUCGUGUAGUGGAUGACCUGGCAGAGGAUUGGAUGAAUGCCGCUGAGAACGGACUCGGUCGGCCAUGAUUGUAUUGUAAACCCGCUUGCCUGUUGCUUGUCGCAUUAUUCUGUAUUGUAGCCACAAAGCUCACCGCGAUGCGCAAGUUGAAUUGUAAUGGCAUAAAUCCGCGAGGGGCGACGAUUCUUUCUUCCAAAUAAGCUUCUCUUGUGUGCAAGCAUCAUCAAUAAUUCCCACUUGUGCCGUACAAGUCAGACAGGAUACUCAGCAGUCACUUAUGUCCAGAUGUCUGCGGGCAACCGCUAGCAUUGCUGGGAUCC